AUGGCGAGAAAGGCGGAAGCCACCGACCAAGUCGAGACGGUGCUGGAACCGGCGGCGCCGGGUUACGAUGCGGAAAAGACGCACCGGCGCAUCGGGGACGAGAUCCCGCACCGGCUGCUGGAGGAGCUGGCGCCCAACGGCGAGGGCGAGUACAUCCGCGACAGGGUCAACAACAUGACGGAGGAGGAGGCGCUGGCCAUCGUCGCGGAGUCGUACCGCUUCCACGCCGACGACUGGAACUUCCCGACCGAGAUGCGCGAGCGCAUGCGCCGGCUGCUCGAGGAAGGGCCCAAGCGGUACGGCGAGUGCUACGACCGUGACCUGCGCGUCGACGCCGUCAUGCUGAAGUACUCGUCCCCCUACCCGGGUGUCCGCGCCGUGGCCGAGAUCGUCGAUGAUACGGAUGUCCCCAUCGAGACGGCGCGGGCCUAUUUUCUGGGCAUCGCCUGGGCCGUUGUCGGGACCUUCAUGUCUACCUUCUUUAAUAGCAGGUUCCCGGGGAUCAGCCUCAGCGGGUCUGUGAUCCAGAUCCUACUGUAUCCCUGUGGCAGGGUGCUCGAGCGGCUGCUGCCGGACUGGGGCGUCACGCUGUUCGGCGUGCGCCACUCGCUCAACCCGGGGCCCUGGACGUUCAAGGAGCAGAUGUUUGCGACCAUCACGUACAACAUCGCCAUUUACACGACCAACUCGUACGGCAUGAUUCUGGUCCAGAAGAUGGACGUCUACUACGGCCUGGACUUCGUCACCUUCGGCUACCAGCUGAUGCUGACCCUCUUUGUCCAACUGAUGGGCAUGGGCUUUGCGGGCUACCUGCGGCGGUUCAGCGUCUACCCGGUCAAGGCGCUGUGGCCGACGAUCCUGCCGACCAUCGCCAUGAACCGGGCCCUGACGCGCCCGGAACCAAAAGAAAACAUCUACGGCUGGACCAUCUCGCGGUACAGGUUCUUCUACGUCUGCACCGUCUCCAUGUUCAUCUACUACUGGCUGCCGGGCUACCUGUUCACGGCGCUCUCGACCUUCAACUGGAUGACGUGGAUCGCGCCCGAGAACCUGACGCUCGCCAUCCUGACGGGCUCGUCGCUCGGCCUGGGAUUGUUCAACCCGGUGACGACGUUCGACUGGAACGUGGCGACCAGCUCGUACGCGGCGCUGGCCCAGCCCUUCUUCGCCACGUGCACCAUGUGGUGCGGCGCCGUGCUGGGCGGCGCCGUGAUCCUGGCCAUCUACUACGCCAACGUCAGCCACACGGCCUACCUGCCCAUCAACUCGUCGUCGGCCUUCGCCAACGACGGCACCCCCUACCACGUGCAGAGGGUCGUCGUCGGCCACAACCGGCUCGACGAGGCCCGGUACCAGGCCUACUCGCCGCCCUUCUACUCGGCCGGCUACAUCCUGACCGUCGGCGCCAACUUCGCCUUCUACCCGGUCUACUUCCUGUACAUCAUGGUCAACCAGUGGGCCACCGUCGGGCAGGCCUACGCCGACUUCUGGAGGGGGCUCCGCCACGGCCGCGGCAACUACGAGGGCGCCGCCAGCAUGAGGGACGUGCACUCCCGCCUGAUGGCCCGCUACCCGGAGGUGCCCGACUGGUGGUUCCUGCUGAUCCUCGCGCUGGCCGUCGCCGUGGCCUGCGCCUUCCUCUCCCUCUACCCGCUCGACACCCCGAUCUGGCUGGUCUUCCUGAUGAUCGGCAUCAACCUGGUCUUUGCCGUGCCUUUGUCCUUCCUGUCCGCCACGACGGGCACCAACCUCGGCCUCGGCUCGCUCAUCCAGGUCCUGACGGGCUACCUGCUCCCAGGAAACCCCAACGCCUUUCUCUUCGCCCAGACCCUCGGCUCGUGGGCCCUGGCCGGCUACGGGGAUAACUAUGUGCAGGACCAGAAGAUGGCGCACUACGUCAAGAUCGCGCCGCGGGCCGUGUUCCGCAGCCAGAUCGGCACCAUCGUGGUGACCUGCUUCGUGGCGGUGGCGACGCAGAAUUUCAUCAUGGGGAGUGUGGUGGGGUUGUGUACGCCGGACCAGCCCAGCCGGUUCACCUGUGCCAACGACGGCGCGCCGCUGUAUGCCAGCUCGCUGAUGUGGGGCCUGCUGGGGUCGGAGCGCAUGUUUGGCGCCAUGUACCCGAUGUUCAAGUGGUGCUUUCUGAUCGGCACGGGGAUCGCGCUCGUGUUUCUCGUCGGGCAGGGGCUGGGGCCCAAGUACCUCCCCGGCGUGAGGGAGAGGCUCAGGGGUCGGCUGUCCGAGAGGACGUUUGCGCUGCUGGAUAAGACCGUGUUCCCCUUGGUGGCGUCGCUGCUGUGGCUGAACCCCGUGCUGGUGAUUCAGGGGGUGCAGCACUGGGCGCCGUCGAACCUGUCGUACAAGACGCCCGGGUUUAUCCUGUCCUUCGUCUUCAUGUACUGGCUGCCGCGGCACCGGUUGGCGUGGUGGGAGAAGUACAACUAUCUCCUUUCCUCCGCGCUUACGGCGGGGGUUGCAAUCUCAGCGCUCAUAAUGUUCUUCGCCGUCGGGUACAACCCGGUCAAGCUGGACUGGUGGGGGAACCGGGUCAGCUCGGCGGGCAUGGAUGGGAGGAGCGUGGGCAUCCUGCCCAUUCCGGAGAGGGGAUAUUUCGGUCCGGAAAAGGGGAGCUUCCCUUAG